GUGGACGCCACAGCCAUCACCCUUCCGAAUCUGCCGCAGUCGCGCCACCAAGCGCUCCGCCUGAACACAACGCGUGCCACGAAGCACCGAGUCAAUCUGUUCGUGGCAAACGCUGCUGAAACUCCUAACAUCUUGAGUAGGUUCCCGCCCAAGCAGUGGAGCAUGUAUUACAACAUCGGAUACUGGAUUUGGGAGUUGGAGAACAUCCCAGCUGCAUGGAUUGACCAGCUGCGUGCCUUCAACGAGGUGUGGACCCCUUCCGAUUUCGCAACGAGAUCGAUCACCUCAUCUCCACUUUAUCAAAAAGGUGCGACAAAGAUCCUGACGAUGAACUUGGGCUCUCAAGCCACCCCAGAAAGCGAGAGCUACCUCGCCAGCAGGCCCCGCUUCAACUUUCCAAGUGGCACGCUGGUGUUCCUUGUGAUGUUGAACGCUCCAAGCUUCUUCCAGCGCGAGAAUCCCUUCGCGGCGGUGGAGGCCUUCGAAAGGGCCUUUGGGAGGCACUCGCCCAACGUCUUGCUUGUCAUCAAAUGCAAUUCCUUUGGGCGCGAGUUCGAAGAGCUGCGGGCGGCUGUGAACGGAAGCAGCAGUAUGCGUCUCAUGACGGACGUGCUCAACACCCAGGAGCUGCGUUCGCUUCUGGGCUCCGUGGAUGUCCUGGUCUCUCUCCAUCGCUCGGAAAGCUAUGGCCUGGCCUUGCUGGAGAGCCUGAUGUUGGGCAAGCCGGUCAUCGCAACAGCCUAUGGUGGAAACAUGGACUUCAUGUCGCGGCUGCCGACAGACUUUCACUUCCUCCUGAUCCCGCAUGGCUAUGUACCCUUCAAUCUGACGGGGGCUCUCCAAGACGUCACAUCCGACCAGAGGUGGGCUGAGCCGGACGUUGUGCAGGCCGCACGUGCCAUGAGCAAGCUGGCUGCGGAUCAGGGGCUGCUUGAGAAAUGCCGACAGGUGGUUGGACCGCUGUUCCGGGAGCAGUUCGGGUUUCAGGCAGUUGGAGACAGAAUCAAGGCUCGGCUGGAAGCCAUUGCUGCCAUUACCCAGGCCCAGCGGGUGACACGCAAGAAGACCAAGGAGCAGGAUCGCUUUAACAGAAGCAAGUCCUAG